UAAUACUAAAAAUUAUAGUAAUAUUAUUAACGGAAAUAAAUUAUAAAUCUUUUUAUAAGAGCAAGAGCAGAAACCAUUAAGAAUAUAAAACAUGUCACUUAUAUAAAUACAUAUUUUGGUACAAUUGUGACAUUCUUUAUGUCAUUGAUUAGUUAAGUGUUUCUUGUGAAUUAGAAAAUUAUUUAUAAAAUAUGUUCUUUUAGAAAUAUGAUAUCUCUAGAUGAGAUCGAUUUCCUUAAAUUUUGCGAAAAUAUCGAAGAACUAUAUAUCGAGGGAAACCCUGGAAUCACGUUGAGCCUUGGACUCAGACAAAUUGUCCAGCAUAGAUUGCCCGGUAUUAAAAUUUUGGAUGGUCUUAUUAUAACUCCUGCAGUAAUGAUGAGAAACAACAACGGAGAGAAUUAUCAAAAUUCUGUCGACAAUGAGGGAGUUGCAAAUGAAGAUGACAGAUCCAACUUUAGUAUAGAUUUUCCACCGAGAGUAUUUUUCCAGCGCUUUUUCCACAACUAAAAAAUACCAAUCAUCGUAUUAGUAA